AUGAAGCCAGGAGGAUCAGGAUUGAAUCCGAACGCAGCAGCUUAUGUACCACUCUACAAAAGAGAAGCUGAUUCUACAAAACCUGCUGCUGCUGCUGCCACACAUGACGUUCAGCACCAACCCUAUGGUUAUGGAGUCAAAGGGAAGGGAAGUUUUCCAGGCUCUCACAUGAGGGAUGAUGAUUCGGAGAUGGAGAUGGAGUUCCUUUUGGCUUCAUUCUCUAAUUUGUCAGAUGAGUCUAUAUGUGAUGUUUACUUGGCCAACAAUGGUGAUCUUGAUGCAACUAUCGAAAUGCUCACUCAACAUGAGAAUGAGUGCUCCGAGGCUGAAGAAGCUACAUGCAAGUCCAUGAGUACGAAAAAGAUGGGUAUUCAGAGAUGCAGAGGAAGAAUGAUGUCGAGUGUGAGGAAGAGGAGCGGACGUUGGUGA